AUGGAGCGUGUUACAAGGGACGUAUCUCCCCGUGGGGGCCCGACGAUGAACCCCAGUCCGCCAGCCAUCCACCCGUCUUUUAUACAGGUGGCCAACCCAUACAUUUUCGAACAAACAGUCCAGAGCUGUAUAGAGUCGAUGGGUAUUAGCCCCACUCGCGAGAAUUCCUUGCGUCUCCAGGGCGUGGCGUGGAUUGACAACGUGCGGAAAGCUCUCAACCUGCCUAUCCGGACUUUCAACACGGCUGUGGGGUACUAUCACCGGUUUCGGUUAAUGCAUCCAGACAAUGAGUACAACUUCGCUGAUGCGGCAGCAGCAGCCUUGUUCACAGCGUGCAAGAUUGAAGACACGCUCAAAAAGUCACGAGAUAUUGUCUGCGCGGCGUACAAUCUCAAAUUAUCACCCUCGGAGCACCUGGCAGCAGAUGACCCUAUGUUUGAAACCAAUGCGCGCGGAGUCAUCGGCCUGGAACGCCUAAUGCUGGAAGCCUCUGGCUUCGACUUCCGAACCCGUCAUCCACAGAAGACUCUGAUGAAGCUAGGGCGGCAUUACGGUCACCCGCAAGGAUCAGAGGUUUCCAAUCUCGCCUACCGUAUCUCAAUAGAUCUUUACCGCACAUUUUCACCCAUCAAGCAGAGUUCAUCGACGAUGGCUUAUAGCUCCCUCGAGCUUGCAGGACGACUCUUGGACCAACGCAUCGAACCGGUCGAGGUCGGGUUGGACUAUGCGCAUUGGAACACAAACCGCACGGAUGUCAUGGAAACCAUCUUCGACCUCCUAGAACUUUACACUCACUACCGCGGACAGACCACCGUCGGACCAGAGUUCCCUGCGGACAGAUUCUUGACCGUCCGCAUUCCACUCAACCAAGAAGCAAGCACACAGCAUAUCCCACGACACGCUCCGUGGGUUGACCAACCACGCAAGCCAGCCAAUGGGACCAUCAACCAUGCAGGUUAUCCCCCAAGACCCGCUCAUCCUUUAACCCCCGUUGCUGCGAAUGGUGAUCGCCAACGAACAGGCGAGCGAGGUCGUGAUGCUGCUGUGCGGUUCACGAUUGAUCCGAUAUGUGCAGAUGAUGAGAGGCGGCAGGUUGCGAGGUACUUCAAUGUUGAAAUGGAAGAGUAUGAGGUUGAAGUGUAA